CCCCGUUGAAGACGGAGAUACUGCCAACAUCGAAAGGGACGAUGAUCACCCAGAGACGCUCACCAGGCUCAUCAAGAAUAUCAAACCGGACAUCGAUGCCGCCACAAAGGUGUCCACUGCCGUGGUUGAGCCCUACAAGUCCGUCCUGUCCACCCACAGCCUCCUGGAGCACACCGACGUUGCCGUCAUGCUCGACAACGACGCUGUCUACGACAUCAGCCGCCGUAACCUGGACAUCGAGCGCCAAACCUACACCAACCUCAACCGUCUGGUCGCCCAGGUAAUCUCUUCCCUCACCGCCUCCCUCCGCUUCGACGGUGCCCUGAACGUGGAUAUCACUGAGUUCCAGACCAACUUGGUGCCGUACCCACGUAUCCACUUCCCCCUGGCCACCUACGCUUCUGCAGAGAAGGCCUACCGCGAGCAGCUGUCCGUUGCUGAGAUCACCAACGCCCACUUCGAGCCAGCCAACUGGAUGGUAAAGUACGAUCCUCGUCUCGGCAAGUCCAUGUGCUGCUACAGGCUGUACCGUGGAGAUGUUGCGCCAACGGACUUCAACAUCGCCUUCACCACGACCAUCAAGACAGAGCGUGCCACCCUGUUCUUUGACUUGUGCCCCACUGGUUUCAAAGUCGGCAUCAACUACCAGCCACCCACCGUGGUGCCCGGCGGAGACCUGGCCAAGAUGCAGCGUGCCAUGAACAGGUGGAUGUGGAAAAUGGAAUACCAGCAUCAUGAACAGCUGCCAAUGGCAUUUUAGUAAGAUCCACUUCUCUGUUUUGUAAGAAUGAUUAAUCAGCAUAUAACCAGAAGUGAUUGACCAAUUAGGAUCCCGCAUUUGAUACUGAUUAUAAGCCAGUGAUGUACUAGUAUAUGCUACGCUACGCUCGGUGGUUUAUUCUUUGGUUACAGGAACCAAGUAGGUCUUAUGUUAUCAUUGUUCACCUUUAUCCACAGGGUAACCUAUAUCCGUUGUUUUUUAAACAUUCCAUUAAGGGAUAUCGGGUUGAAAG